AUGUCCAGGCCUAUGGCCAAGGGGAGUAAUAAUAAACCAUUUUCGGAACAUACAGCGCCAGAGGAAGGCACAAACCCAACAAAGUACGCUGAACCAAGUAAUUGUACGCUGAGGAUACUACAUGUUAAUGUCCGUUCCUUAAGGAAAAAGGUGGAUGAAAUAGAAGCCUAUGUAGUGGACAAGGACAUUGAUAUCAUUUGCUUCACGGAGCACUGGAUGAAGGAUGAAGAAAUAAAAACUCUGAAGAUCCAAGGGUAUUCUAUUAGGAGUUCUUCAGCCAGGAAGCAAUUCCUUGGAGGAGGAACAGCGAUCUUUACUAGGGAUAGCCUCGCAGCAGAAGUUGUUCAUCAAAAUUCGAAUAAUGGUGUAGAUACUGAUAAAGACUUUGAAUGUUGUUGUGCUUAUGUUAAUAUUUUAAAAUUGUACAUUAUUAAUAUUUACAGAUCUCCCUCAGGAUCUCUCAACACUUUCUUAAACUCAGUUGAGAGACUUUUUUCAGGGAUGGGCACAAAUAAGAGUAUCAUUAUGACGGGUGAUUUUAAUGUCCAUUUUAAUACAGUUGAAGCUGCCCGUGUUCGUCUGUCUGAUCUCUUGGAUGGCUUCGGGAUGUGGCAGACAAUCUUUGAGCCGACGAGAGGUGAGUCUUGCCUUGACAAUAUUUUUGUUAGCGAUAAUAUUGAAAUUGAUGAUGCCCGUGUUGUUGAUAUGGGGGUUUCGGAUCAUAAGGGACAGAUUGUGGGAUUUUCAAUGAAGGGUAUAGAAAUCAAGCAGACCAAGAGAUGUGUCAGACCUAUCACACAGGUGGGAUUAUUUCAUUUUUACAAUAGGUUAGAACUUGUAUCUUGGGAUUUUAUAAACUCGGAGAGUCUCACUGCAGAACAAAAAGUUGAUAAGUUUAUGGAUAUUUUGGAGAUAGCCUAUCUUGAUUGUUUUCCUGUUAAAUUAUACACUAUUAGGUCUGAUCAGGCAAAUAAUAUCACUUGGUUCAAUGCAGAACUGAAAUAUAUGCGAGAACAGCUGAAGUUGUUAAGAGAUAUGAGUGAACAUGGGUAUACUAAUGGUCAAGAAUACAAGAAGUACAGAUCCUUAUAUAAGGAUAAAAUAAGACAAGCUAAAAUCAAAAAUAACGAUGCUCUGAUUCAAAGCUCGACUAACCCUGCCAAAACAAUGUGGCAAAUAAUUAAUUCACAUAGAUGUAAAUCUGGGGAUACCUGCCAAAAUACUCUUACACCGGACGAUUUUAAUACAUUCUUUUCUAGUAUUGCAGAAAAUAUAGGAAGAAACAUUCCAAAUUCAGCUAACAACUCUAUAUCAUACUUGUUAUCUAUGACACCUCCGCUUGUGCAAUUUAACUUCUCUGAAGUAUCUUUUAAUGAUGUACGUUCUGUAAUCAAUAACUUAAAGAACAAGAAGAGUGCGGAUAUCUUUGGACUUAGCACAAGAUUAAAAAGACGAUCAAGAAUAUAA